UGCCCCAUGCGGAUGUGACAUUUCACUGAGCCGCCAUUUUGAGAGCCUGGCGUCCGCACACACAGGCUGAGCAGGCGGCCAGCAGUAGCAGUACGGAGAGUAGCAGCAGAGCGCAGGCAGCAGCAGUAGAAAGGGGACAGAGGAGGAGGAGGAGGGGACUGCGUGACAUCGGCUGCUCCCGUCCUGCACACGGGUUAAAAGCGGGGACGGCCGUGAGCGCGGCGGGGUAGAUGAGGCGCUGAGUGCCCGGCCCGGGGCUAGGAGAGAGUCAGGCCGCACAACUCCCGCUGCACCAGCUGCGCUGCUGGGAAGCAACCAAUGAGCCAGGGGAGGGGAGCUGAGCGCAGCACACGAGCUCCCGGCGGCCCGGAGCUGCCAGGCCCAGCCCCGCGCGGCGAGCGUCAGCGGGCGGGUGUCCGACAGCCUCCCGUCACCGGCAGCCGUUGAGGGCCCUCGGGGAGAAGCAUCCCCACUGCGCCUACCCUGCACAGGCGCCGAAAUUGGGCGAAUAGCGAGCAAAUACGUCCGCGUAUCCCUGCCGCCGGCCCCCUCCGCUCUCCCCCCAGCAGCACAUCUGCCACCGCCCGCGGGAAAGGCCCAGGCUGCAGCCGCUGCGCAGGCCCUGCCGAGGCCGCUCUCCGCUCCAACUCAGCCGGGCCCACAGCCCAAAUCUAAGCCGGCGCAGCGAGCAGGACUGAUCGAGGCCUUGGAGGCCGAACCCAGAGAGAUGAACCACCAUCAGCAGCCGCAGCAGCAGAAGCCCGGGGAGCAGCAGCUCAGCGAGCCCGAGGACAUGGAGAUGGAAGCUGGAGACACUGAUGACCCUCCGAGAAUCACACCAAACCCAGUAAUAAAUGGCAAUGUUGCUAUGGCAGAUGGCCACAAUAAUACAGAGGAGGAUAUGGAAGAUGAUACCAGUUGGCGGUCAGAAGCAACAUUUCAGUUCACAGUGGAGCGCUUUAGUCGGCUUAGUGAAUCUGUGCUAAGCCCUCCUUGUUUUGUGCGAAAUCUCCCAUGGAAAAUAAUGGUGAUGCCACGAUUUUACCCAGAUCGGCCACAUCAGAAAAGCGUGGGAUUUUUCCUUCAGUGUAACGCAGAAUCUGAUUCAACGUCAUGGUCCUGUCACGCACAGGCAGUGCUAAAGAUAAUCAAUUACAAGGACGAUGAGAAAUCGUUCAGCAGACGCAUUAGUCACUUGUUCUUUCAUAAAGAAAAUGAUUGGGGAUUUUCCAACUUCAUGGCAUGGAGUGAAGUUACUGAUCCAGAUAAAGGCUUCAUAGAAGAAGACAAAGUGACUUUUGAAGUCUAUGUUCAGGCAGAUGCUCCUCAUGGUGUAGCAUGGGAUUCCAAGAAGCACACUGGGUAUGUCGGAUUAAAGAAUCAGGGGGCAACAUGUUACAUGAACAGUUUACUGCAAACGUUGUUUUUCACAAACCAACUCCGGAAGGCUGUGUAUAUGAUGCCAACAGAAGGCGAUGACUCCUCUAAAAGUGUUCCUUUAGCAUUACAGAGAGUGUUCUAUGAAUUACAACACAGUGACAAACCCGUAGGAACUAAAAAAUUAACAAAAUCAUUUGGAUGGGAAACUUUAGACAGCUUUAUGCAACAUGAUGUCCAGGAAUUAUGUAGAGUGUUACUGGACAAUGUUGAAAACAAAAUGAAAGGAACAUGUGUAGAAGGAACUAUUCCAAAAUUAUUUCGGGGAAAGAUGGUGUCAUACAUACAGUGUAAGCAUGUAGAUUACCGGUCUGAACGGAUAGAGGACUAUUAUGAUAUACAGCUAAGUAUAAAAGGAAAGAAAAACAUCUUUGAGUCCUUUAUUGACUAUGUAGCAGUGGAACAGCUAGAUGGUGAUAACAAGUAUGAUGCUGGGGAACAUGGUUUGCAGGAGGCAGAAAAAGGUGUAAAAUUUGUUACAUUACCACCUGUCCUACAUCUUCAACUAAUGCGAUUCAUGUAUGAUCCUCAGACCGAUCAAAAUAUCAAAAUCAAUGACAGGUUUGAGUUUCCAGAGCAAUUACCCCUGGAUGAAUUCCUGCAAAAGCCUGAUGUUAAGGAUCCUGCAAACUACAUACUACAUGCCGUAUUGGUGCACAGUGGGGACAACCAUGGAGGGCAUUAUGUUGUUUAUUUGAAUCCCAAAGGAGAAGGCAAAAUAACUACUGGAGGCAUAUACAGUGACGUAUGUGAUCAGGAUGAUAAAGGCAAUGGAAAGUGGUGUAAAUUUGAUGAUGACGUUGUCUCAAGAUGUACAAAGGAGGAAGCUAUUGAGCAUAAUUAUGGAGGCCAUGAUGAUGACUUAUCUGUACGGCAUUGUACAAAUGCUUACAUGCUGGUUUAUAUCAGGGAAUCCAAGCUUAAUGAGGUUUUACAAGCGGUCACAGAUCAUGAUAUUCCCCAGCAGCUUGUUGAGCGGCUACAGGAAGAGAAGCGGAUAGAAGCUCAGAAAAGAAAGGAACGGCAGGAAGCUCACCUGUACAUGCAAGUACAGAUAGUGGCAGAGGACCAGUUCUGUGGACACCAGGGGAAUGACAUGUACGAUGAAGAAAAAGUUAAAUACACUGUGUUCAAAGUAUUAAAAAACUCCACGCUGGCUGAAUUUGUUCAAAAUCUGUCACAGACAAUGGGAUUUCCACAAGACCAAAUUCGGUUAUGGCCCAUGCAGGCUCGGAGCAAUGGAACUAAAAGGCCAGCAAUGUUGGAUUAUGAAGCAGAUUGCAGCAAAACUAUGAUUGAGCUGAGUGACAAUGAAAAUCCAUGGACAAUAUUUUUGGAAACUGUAGAUCCAGAAAUGGCUGCCAGUGGGGCAACGCUUCCCAAGUUUGACAAAGAUCAUGAUGUUAUGCUGUUUUUAAAAAUGUAUGAUCCAAAAAGCCGAAGUUUAAAUUACUGUGGACAUAUCUACACCCCCAUUUCCUGUAAAAUACGUGACCUACUGCCAGUUAUGUGCGAGAGAGCUGGGUUUCCGCAAGGAACUAAUCUUAUCCUCUAUGAGGAAGUUAAACCGAAUUUAACUGAGCGCAUUCAAGAUUAUGAUGUGUCCCUUGAUAAAGCUCUAGAUGAGCUUAUGGAUGGUGACAUUAUAGUAUUCCAAAAAGAUGAUCCAGAGAAUGAGAACAGUGAAUUGGCGACUGCUAAGGAAUACUUCAGAGACCUUUAUCACCGUGUUGAUGUAAUCUUCUGUGACAAAACAAUUCCUAAUGAUCCAGGAUUCGUUGUUACAUUGUCUAACAGAAUGAAUUACUCGCAUGUUGCAAAGACUGUUGCACAAAGACUCAACACUGACCCAAUGCUUUUACAGUUUUUCAAAUCUCAAGGUUACAGGGAUGGUCCUGGAAACCCUCUUAGGCAUAAUUAUGAAGGAACUUUAAGGGACCUUCUGCAAUUCUUCAAGCCUAGACAGCCUAAGAAACUGUAUUAUCAGCAGCUUAAAAUGAAAAUCACAGACUUUGAAAACAGGAGGAGUUUCAAAUGUAUAUGGCUGAAUAGCCAGUUUAGAGAAGAGGAAAUAACACUAUACCCAGACAAACACGGUUGUGUACGAGAUCUUCUUGAAGAAUGUAAAAGAGCUGUUGAACUUUCUGAUAAGGGAUCGGGUAAAUUGAGGCUGUUAGAGAUUGUAAGCUACAAGAUAAUCGGGGUACACCAAGAGGAAGAACUACUAGAGUGCUUAUCACCUGCUACAAGUCGAACAUUUCGAAUAGAGGAAAUCCCUCUGGACCAGGUAGACAUAGAUAAAGAAAAUGAGAUGCUAAUUACUGUGGCACAUUUUCACAAGGAGGUGUUUGGCACAUUUGGAAUCCCAUUUUUGCUAAGGAUACAACAGGGUGAGCCUUUCAGAGAAGUAAUGAAGAGGAUUCAAGCUAUGCUGGAAAUACAAGAAAAAGAGUUUGAAAAGUUCAAAUUUGCUAUUGUAAUGAUGGGCCGGCAUCAGUACAUUAAUGAAGAGGAUUAUGAAGUGAGUUUGAAAGAUUUUGAGCCCCAACCUGGCAAUAUGUCCCAUCCUAGGCCUUGGCUAGGGCUUGAUCACUUCAAUAAAGCCCCAAAGAGAAGCCGCUACACAUACCUUGAGAAAGCAAUUAAGAUCCAUAACUGACUCGCCGUAACCAAGUUUAUCCGAGACGAGGGACAAAUAAGUGUGUGUGUGUGCACCUUCCUAACAACGCUAGAACUUUGGUACACGUGCACUAUAUCUGAAGUCUACAGCAAGAAGAUUUGCUGCUGAUGUUAAUUUUAUUUUGUUGAGGCUGUUCCGUUUGGCUUCUCUGUAUCUAUUGACUGCCCUUUUUUGAGGAAAAUGAAGGUGUUUUUAUAAAGCUUGAAUGCCAACAAAUUAUUUUAUGGUAAAUCUAAAGCAAGAAUUAAGUAAAGAGUGUGGGAGGACUUUAGCAGAACAAAGGAAUUGGCCCAAUUUGUUCAUAGAAAAUAUUGUAUGAGACAUAAGAUGUCAGUCCUGGGGUUCUUAUCCCACCGUCAUUGCAGCAAGUAACUUAGGUUUACACUCAAAAAAACAUCUCCCUUUAAAGUACAUCCUUGUGCAUUUGUAAAUGCAGAAACCCUUACUUCAAUAAAUAGCAAUCUACUUCAUUGUGUACAUUGUUGCCACUUUUUUGGGAAUCAUCAAGAGUACCUGUUCAGAUUUUAAUCUAGAUGCAUAGGAAAGAUGUACAGGGCUGCUUCUUUUCAAUUAGAAAGACGCCCAAACUUGGCAAAAAUCUAUGUAUACCCACGUGUGUGUAUAUACAGUAUAUAGCUGUUGAUGCUGAUUGGGGGGGAAAAACAAACACCAUUGUCAUUUACCGCCUUUGAGCACAGAGGGCAUGCUCACUAGUGUUUAGUAGGAUAACUUUGUACAAAAAUUACAGACCUAAAAUUAAAAUUGUAUAUUUAAUGAACAUGUACAAAUUAACACAUGGAGGUUCAUAUUGUUGGUUGAGUCUCAGUCUUUCACUGAUGUUGAUAUUCUUGUGUGUAGUUUAAUUUCCUAUUUUCUGUGGGAUUAUUUUUUUUUAUCACUUUCUCCUUUCCCCCCACUCCCCCCGUUUUCAUUCAGUUUGUGGGGUUGGUUUUCUUCUGGGUUUGCCCCUUUACACUUAAGGACAGAAGCGUGUCUAGUUUGAGUGCAGUAAAUAGGUUACAGCCAUUCAAAUUUAUUUUACGUUCUCUCCUGGUCUCUUUUUUUUUUUCCUGGUUUUAUUUUUAUUUUUUGCUCUGUUAGCAGCAGUGUACAACUCUAACUGUAUAUUGCCUUUUUGCUGGAAAAUGUUGUCUGUUGAAUAAAAUUUUUCUAUAAAAAUGA